GGCCACCGUCGCCGUCUGGUUGUACGCGCACCCUAUAUAUACCGAGCCGCCCGCCGAGGCCAACUCACGCUUCCGGUUCCGGCGCCUCGGUCCAACUCACACCAAAGGCGACACGCGACUACGCACGUACGUCCGCCUCGAGAUCCAUGGAGUCUGCGCCGGCGGCGGCCUUCAUGGAGCGGGAGCGCCUCACGGCGGAGGUGACCUUCUCCGGGGACGCGCAGGCGGCGUCGCCCGAGGGCGCCGAGCGGCUGCCCAGCAUCAUCAUCAAGAUCCGGCGUCGCCUCCCGGACUUCGCCCGCUCCGUCAACCUCAAGUACGUCAAGCUCGGGCUCCGGCACGGCGGCAGCCUCACGUCCUACCUGCCGAUGCUGUGCGUGCCGGUGCUCGCCGCGGCCGCCUACUCCUUCGUCCGCCUCGACGUCAUCUACCUCUCCAUCGACCUGCUCAGCUGCGUCGCCUGGCUCGGCACCGCCAUGCUGCUCCUCACCGUCUACUACUUCAAGAGGCCUCGCCCGGUGUACCUCGUCGAGUUCGCGUGCUACAAGCCGGAGGACCAGAACAAGAUCACCAAGGAGGCCUUCCUCGACAUGACCGAGAGCACCGGGUGCUUCAAUCAGGAGACGCUCGCGUUCCAGACCAAGAUCACCACCCGCUCCGCGCUCGGCGACGAGACGUACCUGCCCUCCGGCGUCCAGGCGCGCCCGCCGAGGCUCAACAUGGCCGAGGCGCGGCUGGAGGCCGAGGCGGUCAUGUUCGGCUGCCUGGACGCUCUGUUCGCGUCCACCGGGAUCGACCCGCGCCGCGACGUGCGCAUCCUCAUAGUCAACUGCAGCCUCUUCAACCCGACGCCGUCUCUGGCGUCCAUGAUCAUCCACCAUUACAAGAUGCGCGAGGACGUCAAGUCGUUCAACCUGGGCGGCAUGGGGUGCAGCGCCGGCCUCAUCGCCAUCGACCUCGCCAAGGACAUGCUCCAGGCCAACCCCAACUCGUACGCGGUUGUGCUCAGCACCGAGAACAUCACCCUCAACUGGUACUUCGGGAACGACCGCUCCAUGCUGCUCUCCAACUGCAUCUUCCGCAUGGGCGGCGCGGCGGCUCUGCUCUCGAACCGGGGCGCGGACGCCGGGCGCGCCAAGUACCGCCUCCUCCACACGGUCCGGACGCACAAGGGCGCCACGGACGAGUGCUUCAAGUGCGUGUACCAGCGCGAGGACGACGUGGGCAAGGUGGGCGUGUCGUUGGCGCGGGAGCUCAUGACGGUGGCCGGCGACGCGCUCAAGACCAACAUCACCACGCUGGGGCCCCUGGUGCUGCCCCUGAGCGAGCAGCUCAAGUUCCUCAAGUCGCUGAUGAUGCGCCGGGUGUUCCGCGCCAAGGGCGUGCGGCCCUACAUCCCCAACUUCCGGCGCGCGUUCGAGCACUUCUGCGUGCACGCCGGCGGGCGCGCGGUGCUGGAGGAGGUGCAGCGCAGCCUGAGCCUGGAGGACAAGGACAUGGAGCCGAGCAGGUGCGCCCUGCACCGGUUCGGCAACACGAGCAGCAGCUCGCUGUGGUACGAGCUGGCCUACGCCGAGGCCAAGGGCCGGGUGAAGCGCGGCAACCGCGUCUGGCAGAUCGGGUUCGGGUCCGGGUUCAAGUGCAACAGCGCGGUGUGGCGCGCGCUCCGCGACGUGCCGGCCGUGUCGGCGCCGGGGCCGGAGGAGAAGGCCUGCAACCCGUGGGUGGACUGCGUCGCCAAGUACCCGCCCAAGGCGUACGUCUGAUGAUCAUUACGCCGCUGCAUGACUCUACACGAAGAUUACAUGAUUCUUUUCUCCCCACAGUAAACACACGCGCGGUGGGGAGAUUAUAUACUGCUACUAUACUUUUUCUGCAUUUCGUUUCCCGUAGGUGGCUGUACUUCAGGUCCCAGUGCCAUUGUUUUCAGCUUUUGUACUUCAAGUGUGAAUUAUAAACGACAAUAUAUACGACGAGGUUUCAUUCGAGCUUA